GAGCAUGAUUUUUUUUAGGUAAAGGGUCAUGAAAACAUGUAAAAUAUGACUACAGAGAUAGAGGUGGCAAUAUUGCAGCAUAUGCUUUGUGGAAAAGAGAAAUGAAAAAUAGACUGAAGCUGAGUGGCUUUUUAAUGAAUGGGAUACAUAACGUAAAAAUAGAGUAGGCUAUGGCAGAAUGACAUACAUAGGCUACAAAAACUGGAUGCAACAAUCAAAACAACACACCCACUCACCAAAGCGUUGCGUAUGAACAUUUUGAUUCGUGUAUUCUGGUGUGCAGCCUCUUGCCUUUGCUCCUCCCUCGAUUAUUGAGCCUGAAUACGUGCGGCGCUGUAGCUUGAGAGGGAGUUUCGUGCUGAACUGGGACAGGUGGUGUGCUGUGCAAGCUAGUCGUGGAAGAAACUCUGCUGAUGUAAACAAGGACGCAUUUGUGAUUUCAUUGCUUGAGAAAAUUAGGAGAUGGUCGGUGUCAGGAGGUAAGCUGAUCCUCUUGUGGAAAGUAGCAAAAUUGGCACUGUUAAUUCCGUGCUGUGUUUUUUUUCUGGCGCUACAAGUCAAAUAGUUGCACAGUUGCACCGCUACAUAGCAGUUCGGCGGGCUGAGUGUUCACGGGUGGACUGGCUAGCCUGCCAAGGGAGAGUUAGCUGGCUAGCUAGGUGGUUCGUGUUUGGAGCGCACGCUCUCCUUUUCCCUGCUUUCCCACAAGCAUGGCGCUGAAAGCAAGAGCUCUGUAUGACUUUAAUUCGGAAAAUCCUGGAGAAAUAUCAGUCCAGGAAAAUGAAAUAAUAACUCUGUACAGCGAGCAAGACAUUGAGGGAUGGUUAGAGGGAUCAAACAGCAAGGGAGACAGGGGACUCGUCCCAGCGUCCUAUGUCGAAAUUGUGAGAAACGACACGUCACACAACAACAACACAUCUGGAGAUGCAUACCAAGGCUCGCGCUAUGCCAACGUUCCCUCAGGUGGGUUUGACGCGUCCUACAAACCCAACAAUCAAGUCGAAAACUUCACUAAAGCGCCUGCUCCAGCUUUAUCAACUUUCUCUCCUCCAGCUCAACAGCAGCAUCAGCAGAGCUAUCCGACGAGUCCAGGUAGCGAUGACGACUGGGACGAUGACUGGGAUGAUAGCUCGACUGUGGCUGACGAGCCAGGUGCUGGUACUGGACGGUAUCAAGACUUUGAGGGCAACGGGCCCUCCACCUACCGUAUAUCCACCUCAUCCAUGCAACGGGGUGGAAAUGCACAACAUGCAAAGAGUGCAACCGUUAGCAGAAACCUGAACAGGUUCUCGACGUUUGUAAAAUCGGGAGGGGAGGCGUUUGUGCUGGGUGAAGCGGCUGGGUUUGUCAAAGACGGAGAUAAGAUUUGUGUGGUCAUGGGACAGUAUGGCCCGGAGUGGCAAGAGAACCCCUACCCCUUCGCCUGCACCAUUGAUGACCCCACCAAGCAAACCAAAUUCAAGGGCAUGAAGAGCUACAUUGCUUACAAACUGACACCAACUCACACGCAGAACCAGGUAAGCAGGAGAUACAAACAUUUCGACUGGCUGUACGCCCGGUUGGUGGAGAAGUUCCCCGUCAUCUCGGUGCCCCACAUCCCCGAGAAGCAGGCCACGGGCCGCUUCGAGGAAGACUUCAUCUCCAAGCGUCGGAAAGGACUCAUCUGGUGGAUGAACCACAUGACCACCCACCCGGUGCUGGCCCGCUGCGACGUCUUCCAGCACUUCCUCUCCUGCACCGACGAGAAGGCAUGGAAGCAAGGCAAGAGGAAAGCCGAGAAGGAUGAGAUGGUGGGAGCCAACUUCUUCCUCACCAUCAGCACCCCACCCGCUCCGCUUGACCUGCAAGAGGUGGAGAGCAAGACGGACGGCUUCAAGGCCUUUACCAAAAAGAUGGACGACAGCGUGCUGCACGUCAACGCAACACUCAACGAGUUUGCCCGAAAACAGAUAGCGGGUUUCAAGAAGGAGUACCAGAAAGUGGGACAGUCUUUCAAGUCACUUAGCCAGGCAUUUGAGCUGGACCAGCAGCCAUACUCCGUAGGGUUGAACCAAGCCAUCUCCUACACUGGGGAGGCCUACGAGGCCAUUGGGGACUACUUUGCAGAGCAGCCGAGGCAAGAUGUGGACCCAGUGAUGGAUUUGCUACAGCUCUACCAGGGGCACCUUGCCAACUACCCUGACAUCAUCCACGUCCAGAAAGGUGCCCUGACCAAGGUGAAGGACAGCCAGAAGCACGUGGAGGAGGGCAAGAUGGAGCUGGAGCAGGCCGACGGCGUGCGGGAGCGCUGCAACAUCAUCUCCUUCGCCACCAUGGCCGAGAUCCAGCACUUCCACCGCACGCGCGUGCGCGACUUUAAGGCCCAGAUGCAGCACUACCUGAGCGAGCAGAUCAGCUUCUUCCAGAAGGUCACCGGCAAGCUGGAGGACGCCCUGCGCAUGUACGACCAGGCCUAGUCGUGCACAGCUAGCUGCUGGACAUGUACCGUCAAGCUUUAGCUUCAUGGACGACCACUGGACCUGAGCAACCAGGAUCAGUGGGCAUGUACAAGUACAACCAGGCUUAAUAGACAACCAGUGCACAUGUACGGCGAAGCUUAAGUGGAUGACCACUGGACAUGUAUGAUCAGGGUUAUUGGAUGGACAAUACACAUGUAUGGUCAGGCUUCAUGGACAGUAGGUGGACACGUACAACCCGGCCAGGCGGACAGCCAAUGGGCCUGAGCAGGCUUAACUUAGUGAGCGGUCAAUGCAAAUGUACGAUCAGGCUUUUGUGGGUGACUACUAGACAUGUUCUGUAUGACCAGGCUUUGUGCCCUAACAAUGCCGUAUGAUCAGGCUCUGUGUGCAGCUAGUGGACAUGUAUCCAGGCUUUUUGUACGACUUGUUUAAACGAAGACAUGUAUGACCAGGCAUGGUGGAUGGCCAAUGACUGGCACGACUGCCUUUAUCCCCCCCACCCCCCCACACUGAAGUCAGCAACACACCUACAUGAUCUCAACAACACCUCCACUGAUCCAACACUCACUCUCUCACACACACACAAACGCGCCACAGUCCACGCACAAACUCACCACAGUCCUUUCCAUAAUCAGUCCUCUCUAAUCUGCACCGUGAUUGUGCAUCUAGCGCUGAAUGUCAACCACAACUGAUUUUCCCUGUUCGCUAAACCCUGGCCCAGCCAGCUAGGAAAAGGGGAGUAGGGGUGAGCGAGUGUCUUAGCCAGCCAACUCCUCAAAUUCCUCUGCAAUACAAAGGACGGAACCAGAAGCAAAAAAAAAAAAGAGAGGGGAAUACUUCCUUACUUUAAUUGCAGAACACGUUCCAAAACAAAGGUUCUGGAUGUAUUUUGCCACUAGCAUGAAGUACAAAAAGUAAACGCAUGAGCCAGCUGGGGCUCUUGUGUGUGUUUGAAAGGGUAAGACAUUGCCUAGCACAGUGACCUUUAACCUCCAGAGAGUGUGUGUGUGGGGGGGGGCGGAUUGCAUCAUUUCCUGUGUUGAGGAAGAGGAGGAUUGUGGAUCUUUGGCCAAAAGCAGCAACUGGCUGGACUGCGUGUGUGUGCACGCUUGUGUUUGUCUGUGUGUAUGGGAUGUGAGUGUAUGGGUAUGUGUGUAAAAUGAAGAAACAAAAGGCUGCUUUUGAAACUUCGCAGAGGGCAGAACAUAUAUGAUGGUGGGACACUACUAACAGUUCUGCAUUUGGGAGAGGCAGUUGGCGCUCGGUGACGCCAACUAAAAAACAAACAAAUACUACAGACAAAAGUACACAAAAGAUGGCUUGCACUUCUCAAGAAAACAAACUUUGGCCUUAUCACUCUGAAACGUAAACGUGAAAUAUAAAUAUGUCCUGCCGUUUAAGGAGAGGGAAAUCCUCCUUCAAGUCAAGCAAAACCAGAACCAAUGUUUACACGGUUGCAGAGCAGCUGCCAUCACUGUGUCCUCCCUUUUUUUUAGUAUUUUUAGUAUUUUUCUAAUUUAAGUAUAUAUGUAAAUAUUAUAUGAAUAUAUAAAUAUAUAUAUAUCUAGUCACAUAUUUGUUUUUACAAAGCUUAAUUUUACGGUGUCUUUUUAAAAAUCAAAAUAAAUGGAGGGGGAUGUUGUUGUCGUGGGGAAGGUCAGGAGAGAGAGGCGGGAGAGAUGAACUGAGCUGACUGGCAGAGUCCUUUUGUGGUGCUUGGGACAUUUCCCAGGAUACGUCAUUCCAGUUUAGAGCACACCAUUUUAGAAGGAGAGGGCGAGAGAGAGGGAGGGAAGCACAUGGUUGCAGAGAAAAAGGAGAGAAUGUCCUCUCCUUAUUGUGCCAACAUCUCCCAGGGGUCUUUUAUUUAGUCCAGCCUCAAUUAACUGAGACCGGCUGGUCCACAAAAGGGUUAAAUAAUAUUUGUUUGAAAGGUUCAAUUGGUUUCUGGAGCGUUGUUGGGCUUUCACUUUUUAAAUAAAUCACAGAGACCGUCAAAAGAGUUUGCUAGUGCCACGCCAGUGCUGCCAUACUGAAGGCGCUACAGUCUGAGCGUUAUUUCACAGAGGCCUGUGUGGUGGGUCUCUCUCACUCACUUUUUGUUUUGUUUCAUCCUUGUGUAUUUGAUUUUUCAUUUGUAUCGGACUUAAUAAAAGACCCUCAUUACAUUACAUUAUACUUAGUAUUUAGCGUCUGCCAAAUCUAAUGUAGGGUAAUGACGGCCUUUUAUUUAGUCCGACCUCACUUUACUGAGACCGGCUGGCCCACAAGAGGGUUAUAUAUUUUUGUUUAAAAGGUCCAAUGGUUUCAUGAGCGUUGGUCAACAAGAGGGUUAAGUAUUUUUUGUUCGAGAUGUGUCCAAUAGGUUCAUGAGAAGAGUCUGGUUGCCUUGCUACAUCACAUCUUCAUAGUUGGAUGCAGUACUACACAUAUCACAGAGACCGCUAAAGCGUUUGUUAGUGCCACUCUGUGCCAGAAUGUCUGAGCGUUAUUUCACCAGAGGCCUGUGUGGUGGGUCUCCUCACUCACGUUGUGUUGUUUCAUUCUGGUGUAUUUGAUUUAGAGAUAUUUUAAAGGUCAAUGUUAAUAAAGGCUUUUUACAGAAA